CAUCUUUUCUCGCUCGGCCCAGCCACGUGAAGUUAGUUUUGAUGAGGGACUAUCCUUUUUAAAACCAAAAUUUUGAGCAGUUUCACCGUCGCAACCAAAAAAGAAACAAUGCAGGAAACAAGUAAGACCGAGACUAGCGAGGAAGGCGAAUUUGUCCAUAUCGAUAGUCGCAAGGCUACAAAAAGGAAAAGAGCUGUUGAGAAGAAGUCGUCAGAGCUUGUGAACGGAAUUGAAGGCAUGACGCUUUCACAGCCCAAAGCAAAGCGGCAGAAUCGUAGACAGGCGGAUGAUGGCUCUUUUGAAGUGAGGAAGGUUCAAGUCCCGUCGCACCGUUACACACCUUUAAAGGACAACUGGCUGAAGAUAUUCACUCCCAUCGUUGACCAUCUUCAGCUCCAAGUUAGAUUCAACCUGAAGUCAAGACAUGUGGAGAUUCGCACCUGCAAGGAUACAAAGGACAUAAGUUAUUUGCAGAAAGCAGCCGACUUUGUCAAGGCUUUUAUCAUGGGUUUUGAGGUGGAAGAUGCCUUGGCACUGUUGAGACUGGACGAUUUGUUCCUUGAGACUUUUGAAGUCCAGGAUGUAAAACCACUGAAGGGUGACCAUUUGUCUCGUGCAAUUGGCAGAAUUGCUGGUAAGGGUGGAAGGACAAAGUUCACAAUUGAAAAUGCAACUAAAACGAGAAUUGUGCUGGCUGAUUCCAAAAUUCACAUUCUAGGAUCUUUCCAAAAUAUUCAAAUUGCUCGACGGGCUCUUUGUAAUUUAAUUAUGGGCAGUCCACCUUCUAAAGUCUACGGAACAUUGAGGAAUGUGGCUGCUCGAGUUUCAGAGAGAUUGUAAAGAUUGUUUCGAAUGUACUGAAGAAUUGCAAUAAAUAUUGAUCAAAAUCAUCAAA